CCUUUACCGCACCAGGAGCAGAUGUCACGUACAAAGUCUCUUCUUGAACCCACCGCUCGUUCUAAGGAAAAGAUCAAACGCUCACACAGCACAGGACCAUACCUAGUACGCCAGGAGACACAGUUUGACGAGACAUGCAUGGCACCGCCCCCAGACACGCCCCCUGGAGAGUUCUCCUCCGACCACCGAGUGACCAUCAACGACUUCGAUCAUAUCUACCCGAACGUUAUUGUCCACGCCCCACACGACCACGACUUCCACGGUGGUGACGCGGCUAGUAAGGUGAUGAAGUCUUCUGAAUUACGUCACCACCAACGUCUGCAGCCAAGGCAAUUCGUGGAUGCGUCUGGCGCGAGGAUCAUAGAGGUGAACAUGGAUGGUGAUAGCGAGGGCACUGAUAUUACAGCGCUUAGAGUAGCCAGCGUGGAUGCAGCUUCUCUGACGCACGUGCGAUUAGAUGAAGGACUGGACGAGUCACCCACUCAUCUUCCUUCUUUCAGCAGGUCGGGCACAAACUCAAGUCCUUCUCACGAUCCUUCGAACAGGCAAUCUCAAACUAACGACAUUGAGUAUGCGUUUGAUCAUCAUAAGAUGGAGGAUGGCAGUGCGUAUUAUAGUUUGGAUCGAGGCAGCCAGCGUGCUUUGAGAGAGAAGGAGAAAUUAAUCCUCUACGAGGAGGUACUGCAUCACUGGAAGGAGAGAGCGAGGCAGAGGUACAAGAUGGCACGUCUUGCUUCUCAGCAAGUCGAGUUCCCAUCCUCGCGAGGGAAAGAACGGUACAACCGGCGUCACCCCAGUCGUUCGACACCGUGUGAGUACCACCGGCACGACACCUAUCUCCACCCUCUACGACGCACGAAAACUGUCGACGAAGACCCGGUCUAUUUCAGUGACGUCAAUCGACGUAGGGAGAGAUUCUCUGGAAAGCCAGGAAGAAUGUUCUCGAGCUACGAAGAGCUCAAUCACCACCACUCACACUCGCGUUGUGUGCAUGGUCGACGUCGGGAAAGUCCGUUUUCGUCGUGUGAAUGUCCGGCUUGUGCACUUUGUACUUCGGGGUCCAUAACCAGCGAAAUCAGCUGUAUGUCCAAAAGAAGCUCCCACGAUCGUUCAGACAGAUACAAGAGUGGGAAAGAGAAAGUUGACAGGGAAAGAUUAGAUAAGGAUAGGUCGGAGAGAGACAGGAUUGAAAGAGAAAGGAGUUCGAAGAGGAGACAAAAACGGGAGGCACAGAAGCAGAGAGCGACGCCUGCCAGUUCUGACAUCAUCAAAGGCACCAAUAGACCUCGCCAAGAAGCCUCCAACCGUAACCGUCGCAAGCGUGUCAGACAUUCCUCUUCAAAAUCUUCUCGCAGCUUCACCCUCACCCUGGGAUCCAGUACAGACAGCGAUAUGUUGCGUCGCACGUCAAUGGCCACACCCCUUCCCCACACCCUAAAGUACUCGUUAGACUCCGCCCCUCUAGGCAAUUCUAACAAUAGAACCGCUCCCCUAGAAGUCACACCCACUCCUUUGGUCGUCCGUCCUCGGUCUCCGCCUCAAAUACACGUCACUCAGGUCACCUCCCCUGAGGUCACGGAGAAAGACGUUUUCCAGCAAGUGUUUACACAGGAGGUUGAGCUAGACGACUUUUCUCCUGUUGAGGAGGACGAGGACCCGAACCUGCUCCUUCAACGCCGACUUAGUCCUCGGGAGACUUUUCUAAUCUCUGUUGAUAUUCCCGACCUCCAAACCAGCAAUACAGAUCCUGUCCCUUCUCCCGUCCACAAUCUAGCCUUGACUGACAGCUCGAUAAACCGGAACCAAUUGGUGCAGGACAAUGCCUUUGGUGCGGAGAGGGUGUCACCUAGAGCACUAUCUAGCCCCGCAUCCCCCUCCAGGGCACGAAGAAAUAGCGUUGUCACCGUGACUUCUGGCGAUCUCAGCAUGAAGCGUUCCAAGAGGCCAAGCAGGGAGAGCCAACUGACCAAGCAUAAGUCUACUUCAAGCAGCACUCCAGGUACCCCUUCCACCUGCAAUGUCAUUAUGUACGACUCCAACCACAGUCUUGACAAACACACCAGCUCCUCCAUCGUGAAAGCCCACGCCUUCCUCACACGUAAGCACAGCUCGUUGGACUUGGCUGAAACGCUCCGCCCCUUUCACGCAACAGCCCCUUCCCCAUUGGCGCUUAGAAAUGCUUCGUCAAUGACGUCACUAUGUGAGAGUGGGGCUGGGGACAACAGUGGGACCCUAGCUUCCUCUGGUUACUUCACAGGAAAAUCUUUGAGCAAUUUCUCUCAUAACUCUGCAGACAAUUUUACUGAUACGUACCAUCAGCCAGCCAGACUAAAUGAGGAAAACGAUCUUGUUUCCAACACAAAUCUCCGUUAUUGUGAUUCUGCCAGUGGGCCUGAUGUUCCAGUAAAGUCGGAGCAUAGUACGAGCGUCCGCCCGUCAGCUAUUGGCGUUCAACAUGAUUCCUGCGAGAACAAGACUCUCCAGUCAGGAAAUAACCCACACACGGGUGCACCCAGCCCAUCUCUGCCUUCCCCAGAUACCGAGCCACCUCGGUAUCACAAAGACAGUGAAUCCUCCAAUCCACCCACUCAAACCAUCCAACACUUGUCAGUCACGGACACAGAUUCUGCCAUGAGUUCCGCCCCUAGUCCUAUGUCAACACCCACAACAUCACGAACAGUUUUCAGUUCAGAAAAAGGCGGCGUCGAGACGAAGGUGAAGGACUCGGCCUACCAGACCAAACAGAGCUCUAUGGAAGCGGAGUUUUUCUCUGAUGCCCGCUUCAGGCGGCCGGUGC